UUGCUAUCGUAAUUGUUCUGAUCACACUUAAAAGAAAACAAUUCACAAUUGUAUAAAGCGUCGAUCACAUAUCAUUACACAACAAAAUCACUUUCUUGCACAAGAAAUAUCAUCGAAUUAAUUAACGUCGAUGCCGUGACUUGCCGCUUAGAUAAAUUUCCUUUGUUACAAGAUAUCCUUUACCUUCACACGGCUAGAUUUUCAGAUAUAUGAACAACUUACCUUGAUGAAAUUUAGGUAUCGGUACAAAGCUGUUUGCUUGAACAAGUGAAGAUCGAACGUGUAGUAGAAGUUUUCCCGCCACAAAAGGCCUCCGUGUUUCCUUGCUUCCAAUUACACUUGAGUCUUCAUUCGUACUCGCCAGCGUUAGCUAGGCCCAGUACACUCGGUACAGUGUAUAUCACAACGAGGCACAAUAUCAACAGGAGGUCCUUCCAGGUUUGGUAUAGGAUAAUCGCGCGCUUUUUUGAAUCUCAAUUCCGUUGACGACUCUGUUAACAAAGCAUCCGAACGAAGCGAUUGUUGUCUGUUUAUUUUACAGUUAAUUCAGGGUUAGGGAAAGUAAGCGAAGGAAAUGGCAGAAAGACGAGUAAACGAUCGUGGACAAAAUCAAGAUGAUAAUGCGGUUCCAGCGGCAAUUAGAAAUAGUAACAUGUCCGAAGAAUGCAUCGUACUGCUGGAGGAAUUGAUCCGCAGCAACCGGGCUCUGGCGAGCGAAAAUGAAAAGCUGCGGCAGCAGCAAGAGUGCAGCAACAAAUCAAACUUAGAGGCUCUUCAGCGGAUUGAGAACCGUCUUGAAACUGGUGAUAAUGGAGCCAAAGUCCGUCGGCGCCAAAAUAGACAGAAGCGAAGGACGAUAGUAGUUCCACCAGCUUGUCGAAGAGCUGUGAGAAGGAUAUAUAAACUUCUUUUAAAAAAAGACGACUUUGGUGGAUUUUAUCUUGACGAAGAAGUAAAUUCUGAUAACAACUAUGGAAUUUUUGAGCGCACAGUAGAGCAGGUUGUACAUCAACAGGGAGGACCUGAAAAGUGUCCCUGGACAAAGGAUAUCAUUGAAGCUGCUUUACAAAGAUAUUUUAAAACGUGCCUAGAAACACAUAAGCUGAAGAGCAGUAAUCGCUAUGAGGCACAUAAACAAAAAACAAGAAAGAGUGGUCGCCAAAGAGAGAAGUUAAUGAGACGAACUACAGCCAUGGAGCUGGUCAACUGGGCUGACCAGCAUGAAAAGGGGAGAGUGGCGGAGGUUCUUGUGAUGGAGGCGAUGAGCAGUGAAGAAAGCUGUUACGAGGAUGAUAAUAUAAAUAACUCAAAAUUAACAAAAUACUCUGUCCAUCGCCUUCAAUGGGAGAGUAGAAGAAUGAAAAAAAUAAAAAAAAAACUUGAUAAGGCCUAUAAGAAAAAACUCACUUCAAGAGCUAAGGAGAGAAUCCUACCCAGAGUUGAUGGGCAACCUUCCCUGAGAUGCCCACCAACUGAAAAUUUUCCAGGGUGGGCAAUAAGGCAGUAAAAAAAAUUGUUUUAUCAAUUUAAGGUGACAAAUUGAUUGUUGAAAAAAGUAUUAAUCAGCCAUGUCUAGAAUGAAGGUCUUUUACAUGCCUGCGUGAGACUUCUUUUUCAUUGAAUAUGUUAAUUAGCAAUUUUAAUGGUCUCAUUAUCUAAAGUAAGUAAUUGUGAAUUCUUCAAUUUUGUAUUUAAUUUCCUCCAUAUGAGAUACUUUUUUCCAUAUUGAUGUACAGGUCGGCAAAUAAUUGAUAGCUAUCACAAAUUUAAAUUGAUUUAGAAAAAUAUACUGAUUUUUUAGAUUGAUAGGUUGAACUUAUUUUUUAUUGUUAGUAUCAGUUCAAAUUGCAUUUCUUAGUGGCUGGAUUUG